GGAGGGUGAGCAGUAAGGCAGCAAGUGUCAGCGGGUAAAGAGGGUUGAUGGGUCCCCUGGUGACAGUCAUGUCCGCAGCCUCCCUCCUCCUCCUGGCGGCGAUGACGACGGCGGCCACGCUCCAGGCGCCUCCCGCCCCCCACCUCGCUCUCUUCACCACCAAGGUACCAGCGGUGGAGGGCGACCCUGUGGCGGUCUGGGGCCACGACACACUCACACGGCGACUCGCGCCCUCCCGCCCACCGCCGCCCACCUCACACCACCUCAACACCGGGACUGCCAGGAUGGAAUCAUUCACACCACCCACAGGGCCAUCAGCCAGGAGCAAGAGAAGCGCCCGUCACCGCCGGCUGCUAGUGACCACAACACAGCGCCGCCGCUCAGCUGGUCGAGGCCGAACUGGAUGGGUAGGCGGCGGCAGGGCCAGCCGUACAUUAUCUUCCCUGCAUAUCCUGCCGAGAGCCCAACCCAGGUCUAAAACAAAGUAUGCUCCCAAGCUUGGCAUUAGGCACCUAGCCAAACCGAAGACAAUGUACCUGCGGAGGUCUGGGGUCCUGUCGGUGGAGAGCGAUCCUGUAGCUCCAGCAGUGCUGCCUACAGUAGCUCUUGGUGCCCACCACUCCACCAAUGCUUCCGGCACCUCAGGGGCUCCACACAGCCAAGUGGUGCUGCAGGAGGACCCCUACCUGUCUCCUUCCUUCUUUAGGACGGAUGACGAUGGCCAGGGAUUCAAGCACUACCGAGAUUUCUACCAAGAAUCAGGACAAGAGGGCGAUGUUGAGAACGAAGCAUUUGAAGAGGGUAGAAAUCAUGCCAAACCCAACGUUAGGAGUUUUGCCAUACCAGAAACUAUCGUGAAGGAUGGACAAGUUUUCUAUAGAUACGAUGGUGGAAUAGAUGGCAAUGAGAGCAUUAAAGGUCAAAGUAAACGAAGUCACGCGAGAGAUGGUGAGUAUCUGAGUGAUGACGGAAACCAGAACGUUGCCCAGCACGACCUGCAAUCUUCAGACGACCAUCUUCCCACCAGCGGCACGUCUGACGUCUCUGGAGUCGGAUAUCCUCUCUCACAUAAUGGCUUCGACUUCUAUGUUGGACCUUCUCGGGUACAGACGCAGGCACAUAUAGGUGAGAGGUCACACGGAGCCACGGCUGAGGCUGUGGUUGACUCUGGGCCAGCUACACAGGUAGUUGGCAGUGCAGGCGUCGGAGGGUUCUUCUCCGCACAGGCCCAGAGUGGGGGACAUCCUGGAGGCACCAGUCACUCACAAGUAAUGGGCAACAUGCACGGCGUUCAGGGUUCUGCCGUGGCUCACAAUAAUGGCCACCAGUCCCAAGCUCACGUCAAUAUGGGGGCUCAUUCCUCGUCGAGGGCUCAAGUUUCGACACACGAAGGUGCCUCUAUACUCGUCUCCAGCGUGGAUGCCACCCAGCUGGGUGGCAGCGCUGGAGCUCAGGCGCACAGCUCCAGUGCCGCCAAGAGUCAGGCACAGAUGGACUUCAACCCAAUACAACACUAUGACGAAACUGGCGGGCUAAGAGGUCAAGGCCUGGCAUCUGCAACGAUGACUUCUGAAGGCGGGUCAGCCUUGGCUACCCUCACAGGCCAGGUGACUCGGGGGUCAUACCUGGGUGUGGCACACUCCAGCAGUGGUACGCACCACCUAGCCGAUACACACCCAUCCCAACCACAUUUUAUUCCUGAACACUCAACACGUAAUCAUCUUUCUGUCGACGAUAAUAUGCUAACUGGAGACGAGUCACAAGAGGAAUUUGCACACAUUGACUUCCUGAAACCUGAAUCAGGACAAGAGGAAUAUUCUGAAGAGCAACACUUGCAUACAGAUUUUGUUCCUGUGGAAGUGAUCCGUGAUUCCCUUCCACAAGAACAAGAGGACCAAGAUGAUAAAUGGGAAGGAAUAGUGAUUGAUGACUUGGCUGAUCCCGGAUUGCUGCAGGACCGAGGGAGGGAAGACUCACCUCGGUUGGAUGAAUCCGGCACGCUUGGCCUAGGUAGAAAUAUAGCAUCGGCUCAUGACAUGCUGAGUAGCAUCGUGGAAACUGUACACCAGCCACAUAUGGUGGAUAGCUACCCUAACACUGGUCAUAUUAUCGAUGCCGGAGGCUUGGUGGGCGGUUCUGGCCAACCGCCUAAGGAGAGCGAGGUGGGGCAGGCGCCGAUUCAUACUCGCCCUUACAUUGAUGAAGGUGUUGGGAUAUUGACAGGGAACAUAAAAAAAGGAGUAGGCCUGGCCACCUACUCCCAGGGUAGCCUGGGUCCUGCCCCAUCACCAGGCGAGAUUGUCAAUAUUUCACCGUCUCUCUCACCGUAUGACUAUGAUCACACCAGUUCUGAAUACUAUGAUAAUGAUUAUAACAUUGUUCCCAGUCAACAGCCACCUUAUUUUGAUCUAGGACCUGAAAUUUUCAAUCUACAACCCAUAGAAUUGAGUUAUGAACACCUCCAACCGACGGACUCAGCGGUGCUGACUCCGGAAGCACCAGUGCAGCUCAACGGGGGGCAGGACAAGGCUGUCCCACCAGACCCUCCAAUUGUGAUUCAUCAAGUCCAGACCAGCUCCCCUCACCUACCCGGUGGGAGUCCCUCGCCAUCCCCUCACACACCGCCACUCCCUCUUGUAGAAGCCAUAAUGCCUGCGCUACACCAACAGCCCAACAGUGACGAGGGCCGCGGGUCAUCUUCACAGCCAGAGUACCGGCCCUGGGUGGGUCAGGCGGGCACAGAUGAAGCACGGCCCUGGGUGGGCCAGGCGGGGACAGAUGAAGCACGGCCCUGGGUGGGUCAGGCGGGGACAGAUGAAGCACGGCCCUGGGUGGGUCAGGCGGGGACAGAUGAAGCACGGCCCUGGGUGGGUCAGGCGGGCACAGAUGAAGCACGGCCCUGGGUGGGUCAGGCGGGCACAGAUGAAGCACGGCCCUGGGUGGGUCAGGCGGGCACAGAUGAAGCACGGCCCUGGGUGGGCCAGGCGGGGACAGAUGAAGCACGGCCCUGGGUGGGUCAGGCGGGCACAGAUGAAGCACGGCCCUGGGUGGGUCAGGCGGGCACAGAUGAAGCACGGCCCUGGGUGGGUCAGGCGGGCACAGAUGAAGCACGGCCCUGGGUGGGCCAGGCGGGCACAGAUGAAGCAGAACCUGAACACCGACCAUGGGUUGGCCAGGUUGGCACAGCUGAUGCAGAAUCUGAACACCGACCCUGGGUUGGCCAGGUGGGCACAGCUGAUGCAGAACCUGAACACCGACCAUGGGUUGGUCAGGUGGGCACAGCUGAUGCAGAACCUGAACACCGACCCUGGGUUGGCCAGGUGGGCACAGCUGAUGCAGAACCUGAACACCGACCCUGGGUUGGUCAGGCGGGGACAGCUGAUGCAGAACCUGACCACAGACCAUGGGUUGGUCAGGUGGGCACAGCUGAUGCAGAACCUGACCACAGACCAUGGGUUGGUCAGGUGGGCACAGCUGAUGCAGAACCUGACCACAGACCAUGGGUUGGUCAGGUGGGCACAGCUGAUGCAGAACCUGAACACCGACCAUGGGUUGGCCAGGUGGACACAGCUGAUGCAGAACCUGAACACCGACCUUGGGUUGGUCAGGUAGGCACAGCUGAUGCAGAACCUGAACACCGACCCUGGGUUGGUCAGGUAGGCACAGCUGAUGCAGAACCUGACCACAGACCAUGGGUUGGUCAGGUGGGCACAGCUGAUGCAGAACCUGAACACCGACCCUGGGUUGGCCAGGUGGGCACAGCUGAUGCAGAACCUGAACACCGACCCUGGGUUGGUCAGGCGGGGACAGCUGAAGCGCAGCAAGUGAGAGGGACAGAAGACAUGGUGACGGUGCCGCUGGUGGCCACAAGUCCGGGAACCAGCAUCACCCUGCCAGGCACCACCGGUGGACCCGUCAUCAACGUCAUGACUAUGUCGGCCUCUCAAAACAUGAUCAACUCAUCCCUGCUCGCCCAGCGUCCCGGAAGCCCCAUCCAGCCGGGAGAAAAGAUCCCGGGAGCGCCUGGCUACAGGGUUCCAUCUGGUUUCCGCGGACAUGUAAUUCUGGGCCAUAAGUUGCCAGUAGAGGCAGACUCCCGGCGGGUGGUGGAAGGCUUCAACACACACGUGCGCCUCACUCCGCAGGACACUCUUCCCAACGUGGUCUUCGCCUCCGUUGGUGGACCUCACACUUCACAACACCUACCUGAAGAUAACGUGCCAGGAGUCCACGUUACCCUCAGUGGUAGCGAACAUUCCCAGUCACCUGUUUCGUCUGCGCCAUCUUCCCGAACACCUGAAACAACGUCCACAUCCGGCAGGCAAGUGACUGGAGUGUCUGGAAGGCAGCGGCCGUAUUCCCAACAAAGAGUCGAGGCAGCAGCUACAGGUCAAGUGUCAGAGUCUGCACCCUGGCUCAUCAUGGAGUCCCUGAGGCCUCGCAACCCAGAGCUAACACACUCGUCCAUGCUCGUACAACCAGUUUUACCAGGCAAGUCGUGGGAUGGCGUCGGUAGUAUGAAGACCUCGGGAAAUUCUUGGGGGCGGACAUGGAGCAGCAGCAACAGACAGCCGUGGGGAAGUGGUGGGAGUAGCGGUCAGAAACAGCCAGCUAUGUGCAAAUAUUACACUAUCAGCUGCCAAGUAGUGUACAGCCCCUACCAGCAGAGCAAAAGGUGCAAGCCCACCUACACCACCCGUGAAUGUUGCUGCUGAUACUUCACCGCAACACAACAUUGCAAGCGUCUACAGUGUUGCAACAGUGUAAUUGUAAAAUAUAAAAAAUCGUGAAAACGGUUACUACCAUAAAUGCAAAGGAAAAAUAUUGUUGUAAAAAAUAAACCUAAAUAAACAUUGCGCUGCAUAUUUAAAGUAGAGUCAACAUGCGCUCAAGAAAUGAAAACAUUCCUUGUUAUCUCUGUUCCAAAAUAGGUUAAGUGUAUGACACUGAGAGGAAAGGAAGAUUUCAAGUCUCUUGAACCACUGAGAUGCGAUGAGUGGGAUCUUACUAAUGCUUAUAUGGUGACAUCAAAAGUAUUUACUAUGACGUAGAAUUGAGAUAAUUUGAUAAAUAUAAUAAACAUACUUGGCAAGACGAUAAAGUAUGUGUGUACAAACGUCAAAGUAUAAACGCUGACAUUAGUCUUAAAUAAUUCAACGUUGCUUAAUUAAAAGCUUUUAUAGAGCUCUAUUUAUGAUGAUCAAACCACAUAAUGAUAAUGGUCCAAAUCACUUGAUGACGGACCAACACGUCGUCGUCUCCUCAUCAUCUGUUGUGUGGUUUGGUCAUCAUAUCUUCAGUCACGUUAUCAUCACUCAUCGAGCUCUAUUUACAUUAUGCGAAAAAUCAUAAUACAAAAUAUUAAGAUCUUAAAGAAUAUAAAAGAGCAAUGACACAAACAUUAAAGAAUAUAAGAGACCACAUCUGGCUAAAGGUUCAUCGGUUCUUACAAAGGGUCUUAGCAAUGUCAGCAACAAAAGUGACAGGAGACCAUUUUGCUUGCAGAAAUGUGUGGUACCGUGUUAUGUUUCCAGUUAUUGUAUUAUGUCAGUCGUUUGAGAACGAUGGGAAAUGGUUAUCAUGUUCUAGGAGUGCGUCUUUCAGGCAGUCUAUUAAUCUUGGGUUAUUAAUGCCAGAGGUUGUGAACUUGGUCAAUAAUAUAUGGUUUAAAUGGAGUAAAGGUGCGGGGAUGGCAAUUCUGAUAUAAGGAAAAACAAUUGUCAUUGCCUUAAAAACGAGUUAUUUUCACAUGAUGUCUGUUUGAAGCUACUUUCUGCAAAAGAAAAUCAUAAUAAUUACGUAAAUUACUUAUUUUCAAUAUGUUCAUAUCUAUAGAUGUGAAAGCUUCAGUAGAGCACAUAUCACCCCUUGUUUUAUUAUGAGCUUUAUAAGGUUUUUGUUAGGUACAUAUAUCUUAUUUGUUAUACUGUAUGGUGCACAUUAUGAUUUAUAGACUAUUGACGUCAAUGAGUUGUAGUGCAAAAAAGAUUCCAGAGAGGAUAAACGACUAUAAUCAAACCCCCCAGCAGGUGUUGCUUGACAUUGUUACAAAGCUAUUAUACAUGUUUUGUAUGAAAUUAUAAUUACAUUUACA